AUGGCCGCCCUGCGAAAUCACAAUUUCCCCUUGCUGCUCUGCCUCUUCCUCUCGAUUUCCACCGACGCGGCGGCGGCGGCGGCCAACGCACCCACCAUCUACGACUACCUCAACAAGAACGGCCUCCCGAUCGGGCUCUUCCCUGAGGGGAUAACGAACUUCUCCGUCGACUCAGCCACGGGGCGGUUCCAGAUAAACCUCACCCAGCCUUGCAACAUCAAGCUGGAGAACCAGCUCCAUUACGAUUUCAAAAUCUCCGGCCUCCUGUCCCUGGGCAAGAUCCAGGAGCUCUUCCUCUGGUUCCCCGUGAAAGGGAUCCGCGUCGACGACCCCAAAACUGGUUUGAUUCACUUUGAUGUCGGGGUGGUGGAUAAGUAG